AUAUGUUACUAGCGCUUUUUGCGCUUGUACAUACAGCAUCUGCUGCGGUGUCGUCGUUCAACUAUGUCCCAUUGGGUAGCAAUCCGACAUUGUAUACACCCGGCUUUGAGCCGAUUAUGCAUCUCGAUCAGCACACAUUCUCCGAUACGGUUUUCGGCCAGGAUCGCGCUUUUCUCGUCGAAUUUUACGCCGACUGGUGCGGCCAUUGCCGAGCGUUCGCGCCACACUUCCGAGAGUUCGCAGGUCUCGUGAAGGAAUGGAAUCCAGUUGUGAGCGUUGCUGUCAUCAACUGUGCUGAUGCAUUCAAUGCCCAAAUAUGUCGUGACAAUGGUAUCUCCUAUUAUCCUAUGCUUAAGAUGCCCCCUUCUUAAUU